UAUAGAUGGCGACUCCCUCCAGUCCGUGUUUCUUUUUUUUUUUUGACCCCGGAAGUAGAUCUCCUGUCUGUCUCCUAGCAGCGGGCGCUGCGGUGAGGGCGCUGCGGGGCAGGGCACUGGCUGCUGUUCUUACCGCCGGCAGGUAACUUGGGCCAUCGGCCGGAGCCCUGCAGCGCAGCCUGGGUGGGGCGCCGCCGGGGGGAGAGGGAGCGAGCCUCUGUCUGCGCAUGGGCGGGGUGCUGUGUGUUCGCCCCUUAGCUGGCUGCGGCCAUUUCUCGGCGCGGGUCCUGCUCCUGCUCCUGACCGGGUAAGGGCGGCUCCCCCCCCGUCCUCGGGGGGCCUGAACCAGUGCAGCGCGUACACCGCGCGAUUGUGCGAUACCAUGUGUUACUAAAACGUUUUCGAGGUAGUUUUACUUAAUGAGGUAAUGGGAGAGAAAGAGCCAUGUCGGAAGAAGCUGUUAGUGAGACACACUUUUCUUUGAGGACAGCAGCUUUACGGGUAUUUGAUUUUCCACUUUCCUGGUAUUAUUCUGUCAUCCAGGUAAAACUUUCCCCUGGGUUGAAGAAGCUGUUUGUAGUAACAGCAGUGAGUGCAGUAUCUGUAAUUUUUCUGGCGCACCAUUUUAAAAGAAAACGUGGAAAGAAAAACACAAAAGUGUCACCAUGGGAGCCAGGCCAUCUUGUAUUAGAAUGUACUAAAACAGCUGCAUCAGAAAAAGGUUCCAGUUUCAGUAGCAGACAAAACUUGACUCUUUAUUUGAAUUCAGCCAAAGAAAAAGGAUCUCAGUCUUGUGUUUAUGCAAAUGGAGGACUUUUCAGUAAAUAUUCUGGUUCAGUACAAAGUUUGGCCUCUGUCCAAAGUGUCAUCUCUUCUCACAGUUGUGCUUGUGCCAAUUCCAGUUCCUGGGACAAAGCAGAUGAAGAUAUUAAGCUUGUCAAUAUUCCAGUGACCACACCUGAAAAUUUAUAUUUGAUGGGUAUGGAGCUUUUUGAAGAGGCAUUACAUCGAUGGGAGCAGGCACUGACUUUCCGUAGCAGACAGGCUGAAGAUGAAGCAAAUUGUAGUUCCAUCAAACUAGGAGCAGGAGAUGCCAUUGCAGAAGAGAGUGUAGAAGAUAUCAUUAGUGCUGAAUUCAUUCAUAAGCUUGAAUCCCUGCUUCAAAGAGCUUAUCGUCUUCAGGAGGAGUUUGAGGCAACUCUUGGGGCAUCUGAUCCUUCUUCCCUAGCUAAUGAUAUUGAUAAAGAUACCGAUAUAACUGUGAGGGAUAACACAGAAGAUUUCUGUCUGCGAGAUACACUGAGCAUUGCAUCAACAGAUUCCUUUGUUUCAGCAGCUGAGCUUACUGAACACAGAGAGAUCCGAAAUACCUAUGGGCUAGAGUCUCUUUGCCAUUGUCCAUUAUAUGAAGAAGCUAUGCACUUAGUAGAAGAGGGCAAAAUUUAUUCCAGAAUAUUAAGGACUGAAAUGUUGGAGUGUCUAGGAGAUAGUGACUUUCUUGCUAAACUUCACUGUAUUCGGCAGGCUUUUCAGGUAAUUCUUUCAGAAACCGCUAACAGACUAUUUCUUGCUGAGAGUGGAAGAAAAAUUUUAUCAGCUUUAAUUGUGAGAGCUCGAAAGAAUCCAAAGAAAUUUGAAGAAGUCUUUGAUGAAAUGAUACAUUUUUUAGAGAAAACAGACCACUGGGAUAAUACUGAAAUGGAACUUGCUGCCAGGGGGGUGAAAAAUCUAAAUUUUUACGACAUUGUUCUGGAUUUUAUAUUAAUGGAUUCCUUUGAAGAUUUAGAGAAUCCACCCACAUCUAUACAGAAUGUAAUAAACAACCGUUGGCUAAAUUCCUCCUUUAAAGAAACUGCCGUGGCUUCAAGCUGCUGGUCAGUACUGAAGCAAAAAAGGCAGCAAAUGAAGAUACCUGACGGUUUUUUUGCACACUUCUAUUCCAUUUGUGAGCAUGUGAGUCCUGUUUUGGCAUGGGGCUUUUUGGGACCUAGAAACUCUCUCUAUGAUUUAUGCUGCUUCUUUAAGGAUCAAGUUCUUUACUUCCUCAAAGACAUUUUUGACUUUGAAAAGGUGCGAUACUCAACUAUGGAGAGUUUAGCUGAAGAUCUUAUGCAAUUGCUAAUGCGUCACACUGAACUUUUAAUGGCCUACCUCGGAGCUGAUUCACUAAGGCAUGUCAGUGGUUGCAUAAAUGGUCAUGGACACAUCAUGGCCAAUGGGCUUUUGGAAGAGAGAGUACAAUAAGCUUAAAAAAACCUAAAUUGAGUGCACCUUGCCUUUUCCCCCUCCUCCAGUUCUGUCAUUACUGUUUUUGAGCAAACAUCUGAAAAUAUAACUGUGUUGCUAAAUAUGGAAUGGACUCAGGGAGAUUAAAAAAAAAUUAGGAAAAGAACUGGUGAGAAUAUUAUAGUACAUAUACCUAAAUUAAAAAUCAUAGCUCAGCUGUCUCUGUAUUUAUAUAUAAUGUACCCCAAAGUUUUUUCUGCAAUAUUUGGGUAAAAUUUAUUUAUGAAAUACUGUACACUUGCCACAGAUAUUAUGUAGUAUAUGGUAAAUGGAGUUAUUAGAUGAGUUUGUCUUUAAGCCUUAUUAUAUGAAAUGUUCAAUACAAACUCUGUAAUGUGCUUUAUGUCUAGAAAGUGUUUCAGCCAAGGUAUACACAUCUUUCAACUUAUGUGAUACACCUGCCCCCCCCCCCCCAAAAAAAAUUGACAAAAUA